UCUCUCUUACGAGCAAAUGAUUUAGACGUGAAUCUCACGACUACUCACUAUGUCUCCACGCCCCGUCAUCGCCAUCGCCGGCCUAGCCUGCGAAACCUCCAUGUUCACCCGCGCCCGCACACUCGCCCCCGCAUUCCAUCCCCGCCGCGGCCAUGAAAUCAUCGACGAAUAUCCCUUUCUCCAGUCCGGCACAGAGCUUGGAGAUGCAGCGGACUGGCGCGGUGCACUUAUUGGACAUGCACUACCUGGAGGCAUUGUAGUCCGGGAAUCAUUCGAUGAGUUGGCCGACGAGAUCGUAUCCCGAUUAACUGACAUUGUCAAGUCAACACCGCUGGACGGACUAUGGUUCGAUAUACAUGGCGCUAUGUGUGUGGAAGGUCUCGAUGACGCAGAGUAUGAGCUGCUGCGCAGAAUCCGACGGGUCAUCGGGCCAGAUGUUAUCGUUUCAGCGUCAAUGGACCUUCAUGGCAAUGUCUCGCGUGAUCUAGCGCAUCAGACUGAUCUGAUUACUUGUUAUCGAAUGGCGCCGCAUGAGGAUGAGACGGAGACGAAGGAGCGUGCGUGUCGGAAUUUGGUUGAUUUACUCGCGCGUCAGGAGGAAGGUCGGAUGUACCGACCAUUCAAGGCGUGGAUACCUCUUCCUAUCUUGUUACCUGGCGAACAGACAUCCACGAGGGUAGAACCGGCUAAGAGUCUCUAUGAGCUGGUGCCCAAGGUUGAAUCAUUACCUGGUAUCAUUGAUGCAGCAAUCUGGGUCGGGUAUGCCUGGGCUGACGAACCGCGUAAUUGCGCCGUGGUGAUGGUGACCGGGACGUGCGAGGAAGCCGUGGCUGCAGGGGCGGAGCGUCUGGCAAGGAAGUUUUGGGAGGGUCAUGCAGAAUUCCACUUUGUUGGUCCGACAGGAUCAUACGCAGAGUGCAUUGAUGCCGCAUUGCAAUCAUCGAAGCGACCGUUCUUCAUCUCGGACUCUGGAGACAACCCAACCGCUGGGGGGUCUGGGGACGUCACCUGGGGGCUUACACAGCUGCUUGCACGACCCGAGUUCGAAGACGAGCCAGGUCCAACUGUCAUCUACGCCAGUCUGCCAGGACCACAAGCGAUGCGGACUAUAGUAAAUGCGGGGGUCGGAGCAACAGUCACCGUCACGGCAGGAGCUGAGGUGGAUUAUACCCUUGCAGGCCCUCUCACGAUGACUGGACGAGUUCACGCAAUUAAGCACGGCGAUAAAGACGCAGUAGUCGAGGCAGUUUUACAAGUUGGCUCAGUAUUUGCGAUCCUGACGCAACUUCGCAAACCAUAUCACCAUGAGCACGACUUUACCGAGUUGAACCUUAAGCCGCGUUCAGCUGAUAUUGUCAUCGUCAAGAUAGGCUAUCUAGAGCCAGAGUUAUUCGACAUGGCGGCCGACUGGUUACUAGCGUUGACUCCAGGGGGAGUGGACCAGGAUUUGGAGCGUUUGGGACACCAUCGCAUAAGUCGUCCAAUGUGGCCGUUCGACAAGGUGUUUUCGACGCCACCGGAUCUCUGUGCAAGGAUGAUCCCGCCUUCGAACGAGUCACGGGCAUGAAUAGCCCGCAUCCGGCAUGAAAGAAAGUAUCUUUGCGAUCUGCAAGGAAUCGGCAAUGACGGAGCGAGAAUUCCCAUCGGAUAUGCACGUGAUGGAAGAUGCUAAAUAAAGCAAUGCGCUGCCAAUCAGAUACUCCGAGCCGUGCUCCCGUUUGGGAUGUGGAUCUCGGGAUUUCUUGAGUGUCUCAGUGGGAUUGGGAAGUGAGCUGUCAUGUUUGACUGAUAUACAUUCUCCA